CAGCUGCUGCGUGUCCUGAGAUGACCUGUUGAUGUCGGUAAAAUGGAGUAUAGCAGUGGGAGUCAUUUCCCCAUCCCAAAAAUAUUUAAAUAAAUACGAUUUGGAAUCGAUAGCUGACACCGUGGGACAACUGUCAACCUCAUCGAUACAGUUUGUGACAAUCUGUUGUUUUUAAUUCGUGGGUAAUCGCGGAAGCAGCGGAUACUGUGCGGUUGUCUGAGUGCAUGAGGUGGAUGGUGCGCUGGGGCGAACCCAAAAUAUUUUAGCAGUGCUAUGUUAGCUUGCUAGUUUAGCUAGCUUAGCUAGUCCUGACAGGCACCGGAUUCACAGGCCUGCGGAUGGGAUGCGUAUAUUGCAAUGAAAGACGGGACUAAAAGCGAAAGAUGUGGACCUUUUCAAACUGAUUAAAGUUCGUUAUAUCCGUAUACGUUUUUGACAGCUGGCAAACGCCGUGGCGCUCCUGGAUCGCGUGUUGCUGCAGUCACUGCCAUUCUCUGUCGCCCCCCGGCCCGUGCCAGUGGAGCACUCCGAGCGGGCAGACUGGCACACGGCGCGGCGGUCACCUCGGUACACAGACAGCAAUCGUCGCGGUUUGAUCUUGUAUCCUGGUCAAAACGCAACUCGCUGGAGAUACAAUUUGUAGCUAGUAACAGCUAGCUAUCACUUAAGAGACCCUGUGGUGGUGUGCGUAGCGCACCAUGGCCCAGACCCUUCAGAUGGCGAUUCCUAACUUUGGCAACAACGUCCUGGAGUGUCUGAACGAGCAGCGUCUCCAGGGGCUCUACUGCGACGUCUCCGUGGUCGUCAAGGGUCACGCCUUCAAGGCUCACCGUGCCGUGCUUGCGGCCAGCAGCUCUUACUUCCGGGACCUCUUCAGCACUGGGGGAGGCAGCGGCUCCAAGACCCCCACAGUGGUGGAGCUCCCCCCGGCCGUCCAGCCCCAGAGCUUCCAGCAGAUCCUGGCCUUCUGCUACACAGGCCGCCUCAGCAUGACAGUGGGAGACCAGUUCCUCCUCAUGUACACCGCAGGCUUCCUGCAGAUCCAGCAGAUCAUGGAGAAGGGCACAGAGUUCUUCCUCAAGGUUUCCUCGCCCAGCUGUGACUCCCAGGGCCUGCAAGCCGAGGAGGCUCCGCCCUCUGAACCCCAGAGCCCCGUCACUCAAACCGUUGCCAUGGGGACUGGCAGUCGCCCCGCCUCCUGCCUUACCCCCCUCCCCCUUGUGUCACGGGUGAAGACAGAGCAGCAGGGCAACCAAUCAGAAGCCUCGCCCUACUCGGUGGUGUGCACCCCUGUGGCCAAGCGCUUGUGGGAGGGAGGCAGCAGCCGAGACGGGGGUGGAGGGGGCUCAGGUGGAGGCGGGUCCAGGAAGGCCGCCCGCUUUUCCCAGGAGUCCGUGCGAGGGAGUGCCAUCCAGAGCUCGGGGGCGCUGGCACUGGCGAUGGGGAUGGGGGCCAGCGGGGCGGGGAUAGGAUCAGGGGUCGGGGGUCACGGCAGCGGGUCCAACGGGAGUGUGGUCUCCAUGGGCAACGUGGCAUCGGAGGGCGCCAGCCCGGGCACGAUGAGCGCCUACACCAGUGACUCGCCUAUCAGUUACCAUGACGAGGAGGAAGAGGAGGAAGUGACGGAGGAGCAGACGGAGGAGCAGUACAGGCAGAUCUGUAACAUGUACACCAUGUACAGCAUGCUCAACGUGGGCGCUGCAGCUGGUGAGCGUGUGGAGGCCCUGCCGGACCACUCAGAGACCCGGGGUCGUAUGCGGGGUCGCCAGGACCUGUCGUCUCUCCCCGCUGAGCUCAUCACACAGAUAGGCAACCGCUGCCACCCCAAACUAUACGAGGAGGGGGACCCCGCAGAGAAACUAGAGCUUGUCUCAGGUACGUGUGUGUUCAUAUCUCGAGCCCAGCUGAUGAACUGUCAUGUGAGUGCAGGGACCAGGCACAAGGUGUUGCUCAGGAGGCUGCUGGCUGCCUUCUUCGACAGGAAUACUCUGGCUAACAGCUGUGGAACGGGAAUCCGCUCCUCCACUAACGACCCCAGCCGCAAGCCCCUGGACAACAGAGUGUUGCACGCAGUCAAAUUCUACAGCCAGAACUUCGCCACGAGCUUCAAGGAGAGCGAGAUGAACGCCAUCGCGGCGGACAUGUGCACCAACGCCCGCCGCGUCGUCCGCAAGAGCUGGAUCCCCAAGCUGAAGCUGCUCAUGGCCGAGGGCGACGCGUACUCCGCCUUCCUCCCCGACGCCAAGAUGGAGGCCGACGCCCUAGGGGCGGAGCCAACUUUUGAACCCAACUCCCUGGAGGGCGCCGAGACGGGCGGCUCGUCCGGCGAGUCGCUGCAGGGGGUGGGCAGCGACGGAGGCACUUUGUUUUAGAUGGGGAGGUGGAGUACAGAAGUGUUUAGAAGACGAUGAUGAUGAUGAUGAUGAAUACCUAUAUUUCCCUGUACUCCUUUCUUCUCCUCUGGUGGUGUGGCCCAUCCCCCUGACCCUUUGGCCUUUUGAUCCUCCACCUCCGACAUGUGACUCUGAAACGUUGCUAGGGGAAACAGGGGUUGUUACCUGGAUGUUAACCAGGAAGUUAUGCUUUAAUUUUGAAAGCGAGAGUCCAAGCAAUCGUAACUUCCAAUAUGGUUUCUGCUGUAUAUUAGUAUGGGGGUAGAGAAAGGGUGAUGGGUUUGUGGGGAUGCAGUAUUUUUGGGGGAUUAACCAAAUUCCUGCCUCACCAUAUCAAAACACAUUCCCCUGGUUUUGAAUGUAGAUGUCAGCAGCAUUGCACAAUGUCAGUCUGAACGAUUGUAUCCCAACCUCUUGAGGAAAAACAAACCAACAAACCGACUACUCUAUGGAUAUGAGAGAGACUGUAGUUUCUCUCUAGAAUGAGAGAAAGAGAAAAGGGGAGAGAGGGAGCGAUAGAAAGACCCCUAACCCACCAACCCCACACCCUUCUGUGACCAGAACAAAAUGAUUAUGCCCUCAGUUUUAAUGUACUGUCUCUCUUCUUGUAGCUUUUCUGAUCACAGCUCGUUUCUCUGUUUGUAACAUGGAUCCAGAGAUGAGGACUACAGGUGCACAACCUGUAAUUGUAAAGAAAUCCAAGGGGGAAAGAAAAAGACGGUCAUAUUUUUUUGAAUAUGUAUUUAUACAACUGUUGUUGUGUACAGAGAGAAAGAGAGGGAUUGGUUUUAAAUCUCUGUUGUUUUAUUGUAUUUUGAACAGCUGUUUUUGCAAAGAAAGUCCUGCGCCGAAAAAUAAGAUUUAAAAGCAAAUAAGUAAAAGUGCUAUUUUUGCAUAAAAAUAUGGUAUUGAUCAAGUGGUCAGAAAAGUCUUAACUUGACAAACUAUUGAACUGAAAAAUAAUCUGUUUUUAAGACAGAACUGGGCACUUUCUACCUGCGGCAAUCCAAUAUAGCUUAUCUUAUUCUUGUCCUUUUUUCUCUAUGGAAAUUGUCAAGGAAGCCUACCUAUGUGGCUGUUCACAACGAUGACUGACUAUGUUAUGCUUGCUAGCGAGCUAGCGACGUUACUAUGCUAGCUAAACUGCUUACUCGGAAAUCACGGCUAAAUGUAGAAAUGCACAGCUUGAAUCAACUGGUCGACUGCUGCAACUAUCGUGCUAGCUAGCUAACCCCUCUGUUGGUUAGUGACUUGCUCCGAAGCAGACUUCUGACAUCAUUGCACAUCAUGAGGUGGUGAUUCAAUGACCGCAAAACAUUUUGGAAUAAUGGAAUGUGCCUUUUUUAAUCGACAUGGAUAUGCAGGGGUGGGUCCUGCUUAUGUUGAUGUUGGGAAGGAGGGAGUAGAAUGGGGUUUAAAAGGUGGCAGGUCGUUCAGCUUGAGACAGAGUUGUAACACACACACACACACACACACGUGUUCCAAAGAGAGAUGGGGUGAGGUCAGGGGGUUUGGCAUUCCGGUGGAGUAUGUUGGUGUGUUUUAAACAGUCUCAUAUAUGUGCGAGAGCAAGCAUUUGUGUUCAUUCCUUGAAUGUGACUGAAAAUUAUAUUUGUUCCUGUGCGAUUGAUGUGUGUGAGUGAGUGUGUCCUCCACCUGGUAGUCUUUUGGAUUGGUUUAAGACUCCCUCUGCUGGGACACUUGUCUUUGUGAACGAUGACCUACACCAUCUUCCAUACACCUUUGCAAUCCAAAAGAUGUGAGACACCUUCAGAUAGAAAAGUGAUGUAUAGAGCGGACACAAUUCACUUUUCUCCAUACGGCAGAGAAGCAGGUCCACUCUAUGCAUGACAUUUCUGUCCUGAUUUGCUGUUGUUUAACUCUCUCUCACGCUUGGUAAAUCCAAAAUGGACAAAGGUGGAUAUGUUAAAGGGGAGGUGAAGCACCUUUUUAAAUGGGAUGAACCCAUGUUUCCUGCACCUUUGAUAAAAGGUUUUGAUGUGUUGUGUGGAGAAUCAACCCAAGGGAUGGCCUUGUUCAAAUACUUUUUAAGCAGCAUCCUUCCUCCCUUUCCUUGAUGUAAGCACUUCAGGGAAGGGACUAAAGGAAGGGUGCAUUUAGAGAGUAUUGGAACAUAGCCUGCGUCUCAGAUCUGUGGAUGUGGGAUGCACUGGGAUGACUCCUGUUGUAAAUAUUGGGACCGUUGAGCUGACUUUCUUUCUACGCUCGUCUAACGAUUUCCUAUGUAGGGUGAUUGUGUAACAGUGUGGAAGCGAUGAAAGAGGACUGUUUUUUUAUAUAUUUUUUAUUUUUUACUUGGUCUCGCGUGUUGUCGAGACGUCAUGGAGACUGGUGUGUGUGAGCUCCCAGCAUGCAUUUGGCCUACAGGUCAGAGGAGGAUGAUGGUUGCUUUGGUCUUAAAGUACUGGCCUAAUGUGCUACUGAGUUGGUGUGACUGAAGGGAGGGAGGAGGGGUCAUGUUUAGGGAGAGAGGUGUCAUGGCUGCAGACUGUCUGUCCAUCAGAAUAUUGUACAGAAAAAAAUAUUAUUUUUCAAAAUAUUUUUUCUUUUAUUGCUUAUGUUUUCUUUAAAGAAACAUGUACUGUAAAGACCUUAAAGAAAUGCUACUAAUUGAAGGUGGUGAAUGAUUUACCUACUUCUUGCUGAAGAAAACAUUGAAAAGGAAAGAAAGAUAACUGUACGAUAGCUAGACAGAGCACCGAUAGCUAGACAGAACUGUAUAUAUUUUUUUCAUUGUUUGUGAUAAGGGUUCCAUGAGAGGUUCUUCCAGGGGGGGGGACUAGGGCACUGUACUGUCUCGUCUAUUGGGGGGAAUGAUUUUUGGGGAGGUGGGUGGGUAGUAGUGGGUGUGUGACGCUAUAGAGGUCUGAAUUACAAACUUUGCACCUGUUAUUGAACCUAUACACCAGGGUCUGAUUUCACCCUGCUGAACAGAUCCCAUGAUAUUAUGGACACUGUCAGAUCCACUCUUGUUCACCACCUGCUGUUCACAUGUGGUACUGGAGCUACCACCAGAUGACAGUAUUUCCCCCACAGACCAUAGUCAAUGACUGAGUUGGUUACUAAGUGAUCAAAGUUCUGUUUUGUGUGUUUUGGAGAGGGUUACUUCUCUUAGCUCUGAAGCACAAGACUAUAGGAACAGAAAGGAAUGUUUGUUUGUGUGGGACAGGACAGUUCAAGCUGAUUCAUCCUCCAUCCCUACAGGUAGAUGUCCCUCUUCCCCCAACACACACAUCUCAAGAGGAUGGACAAACAAAGGCAGUGUCCAGUGUGGUGUAUAUAGGCUUGGAGAAGGACAUUUUUUCACAUAUACAUAUAUAAAUAUGAAUAUAUGUAUAGAUAUAUACUGUAUAUUAUACAUAGAGGCACUAAAGAAGUUGGAUUGUUAGUCGUGCACUCUCAGCAUGAGGUAUAUACCCACAAACCGCUUAUUGAAACCAGUGCAGUAGCUUCCCCAAUGUCUCUGCCCCUGCUCCUUGCCCUCUGUGACCCUGUAGUGCCAGUGCUCAUUCUGUUCUCAUUGUUUUCCAAGUGCCAAUAACUUUGUGAAACCCCUUAACUGUGACCCAAUAUUAUUCAAGGUAAUUGCACAUUAACUAUUGUAAAGAAAAAUCAUUAAGAUAAAUGUCAACAUGGAUUAAAAAAAAACUAUCUUAAUAAAAGGUUUGUAACAAAU